ACCUUCAAGCUCUAGAUAAAAUGUCUGGAGACGCCGAACGCCGUGACCUCACUAUCGUCGCCAACAAAGUCGGUGCUGGGGCCGACGUUCUUGGUUUCGAUUUUGAUACCAUGCCCUCACAUCAAGUUGGAGCUCUCCGUAGUGCAUGGCUGAAAUACGGCAUAUUGCGCUUUCGUGGAUACGACCUCACUGACGAACAUCAACUCAACUUCCUCAAGAGAGAAGAGGACGGAGCGCCGACAACGUACAAGGACGAUGAGAAGGUCACCGUAAUGACUAACCUCAUCAACGGCGUGCCUUCCGGUGCUGGGAGCAAUGUGGAACUGGAAUGGCAUACUGAUAGUUGGUUUUGGGAAUAUCCACCGGUAGGCGAGAUACUACGUGCAAUGGAGUUACCGCAAACCGGGGGUGACACAUAUUGGGCAGAUAUGUAUGCUGUAUACGACGCAUUGCCUGAGGAUCUACGCUCGACCAUUGAGGGCCGGCUUAUUCAAUUCGAUACCGUCUACAAUGGACACGGUAAUUUACGUAAAGGUAAAGAGGCACCAAAAACGGAUGACUUUCGAUUAUGGGAACACAUUCGCCAUCCAAUCAUUCGUACUCAUCCGGAAAGUGGCCGCAAGGCAGUUUUCGUUGGUCAAAGCAAGCACGAAAAAAAUUGGAUUGUCGGUCUGCCCUUGGAGGAAAGCAAGGAAAUCCUAGCCAAAAUUUUGAGCUAUGUAGAGAAACCGGAGUUCCAGUUGCAUCAAAAAUGGCAACCUGGUGAUACCGUUAUUUGGGAUAAUCGCUGUACAAUGCACCGACGUGAGACGUGGCCAGACGAUCAAACCCGCAUUAUGCACCGGACAACUUGCAACACAAAAGGGCAACCCCGUCCAUUCUACGUUUACUAAACAUAGGUGGUUCUUGUAUUUGGAAUUUGUCGAAGAUCCGGCUAUUGUAGCAAGUUCCGUCAAAUAAAGAUGCUGAAAUGUACACAUGUUUUACGCAAUCAGAUAUUGGAACCUUCCGGGGUAACAGAAUUAUAAAUUGUGCUAUAUCAUUUAUUUCCAGUCUACAAAGAGAAAUAUCAUGUUCUGCUACUU